CUUCCAUAGCUGCCAUAAAUGAAUUGCGAAGUGCUAAGUUGAACCUUAUAUCUGAAUUCCUGAGGAUUCCAAAAGACUUAGCUUGCUGUCUGUCUGGUUAUCCUUGAGCAGGUGAAAAGGUCUCUCCUUUCUCCUCUCUGUAGUCUUUGCACUUUCAUAUAGUCCUUUUUAUCAUCAUUUCAAUGAAUACUACUAUGGGCAAGUCUUUCUGAGGAUGAUCCCUCAUUCAGGGUGAUCAACAAGAGAUGGUUCCAAGUAAGAAGAGUGCUGUUCUAGUGGAUGGGGUCAUACUGAAUGGUCCCACAACAAAUGCAAAAGCGGGAGAAAAGUUUGUUGAAGAAGCCUGUAGGCUAAUAAUGGAAGAGGUGGUUUUGAAGGCUACCGAUGUCAAUGAGAAGGUUUGUGAAUGGCAGCCUCCCGAACAACUGAAGCAACUUCUUGAUUUGGAGAUGAGAGACACGGGAGAGCCACACCACAGGCUGUUGGAACUCUGCCAGGACGUCAUACGCUACAGUGUCAAAACUAAUCACCCAAGAUUUUUCAACCAGUUGUAUGCUGGACUUGAUUACUACUCCUUGGUGGCUCGAUUUAUGAUAGAGGCAUUAAACCCAAGUGUUUAUACGUAUGAGGUGUCCCCAGUGUUUCUGUUAGUGGAAGAAGCAGUUCUGAAGAAAAUGAUUGAAUUUAUUGGCUGGAAAGAAGGGGAUGGAAUAUUUAAUCCAGGUGGUUCAGUGUCCAACAUGUAUGCAAUGAACUUAGCUAGAUACAAAUAUUGUCCUGAUAUUAAGGAAAAGGGACUGUCUGGGCUGCCAAGAUUAGUCCUUUUCGUGUCUGCAGAGUGUCAUUACUCCAUGAAGAAGGCAGCCUCCUUUCUUGGGAUUGGUACUGAGAACGUUUGCUUUGUGGAAACAGAUGGAAGAGGUAGAAUGAUACCUGAGGAACUGGAAAAGCAAAUCUGGAAAGCCAGAAAAGAGGGGGCAGCACCAUUUCUUGUCUGUGCCACAUCUGGUACAACUGUCUUGGGAGCCUUUGAUCCUCUGGAUGAGAUAGCUGACAUCUGUGAGAAGCACAGCCUCUGGCUUCAUGUGGAUGCUUCUUGGGGUGGCUCAGCUUUGAUGUCAAGGAAGCACCGCAAGCUUCUGCAUGGCAUCCACAGGGCUGACUCUGUGGCCUGGAACCCACACAAGAUGCUGAUGGCUGGAAUCCAGUGCUGUGCUCUUCUCGUGAAAGACAAAUCUGACCUUCUUAAGAAAUGCUACUCUGCCAAAGCAUCUUACCUAUUCCAGCAGGAUAAAUUCUAUGACGUCAGCUAUGACACAGGAGACAAAUCUAUCCAAUGUAGCAGGAGACCAGAUGCAUUCAAGUUCUGGAUGACCUGGAAGGCCCUCGGCACAUUAGGCCUUGAAGAAAGAGUUAAUCGUGCUCUUGCUUUGUCUAGGUACUUGGUGGAAGAAAUCAAGAGAAGAGAAGGAUUCAAGUUACUAAUGGAACCUGAAUAUGCCAAUAUUUGCUUUUGGUACAUUCCACCAAGCCUCAGAGACAUGGAAGAAGGACCUGAGUUCUGGGGAAAACUUAAUUUAGUGGCCCCCGCCAUCAAGGAGAGGAUGAUGAAGAAGGGAAGCCUGAUGCUGAGCUACCAGCCCCACCGGGGGAAAGUCAACUUCUUCCGCCAGGUGGUGAUCAGCCCCCAAGUGAGCCGGGAGGACAUGGACUUCCUCCUGGAUGAGAUAGACCUACUGGGUAGAGACAUGUAGCUGUGGCUUUUGGUCCCUCACAGGCACGGAUCCUGUCCUGGGGAGGGUUACAGAACCAGGAGGUCUAGACACACAUAGAUUUCAGCCUUUCUGAUGAGAAAUAGGAAAUACUUCCAGCCCAGGCCCAGCAAAACCCAAAUGCUAAGCAAAUAGUAUCUCUAGCUGCCUGGACACUGCUGUUGCUAUAAAGGAAGAAGUAAAAAUUUGAUUUUCUUGAGAUUUUUCCUGGGACAUGGCAUUGAAGAGAAUUAGUUUAGUAACUCCAUUGUGGGUCCUGAGUUCUAAGCUUUCAUUGCUAUUUAAAGCACCUAUAAACUAAUAGUUUAAAGCAGUGGAUCACAAAGUGUGGUCUCUGGACCAGCAGCAUCAGCAGCACCUGAGAACUUAUUUGAAAUGCAAAUUCUCGGUCCCUCUCCAGAUUGACUAAAUCAUAAACUCUGAGGGUGGGGCCCAGUAUUCUGUGUUUUAACGAGCCCUCCAGGUGAUUCUGAUGCAUGGUAAAGUCUGAGAACCCCUGGAUUAGAGUAACUUUUUAAUGACUGUUAAUCACUCUGAUGUUCUAACAGCAAAGAGAUAGCUAAUAUUUCAGUGCCCCUGAGCUAGUCUUUGAAAAUACAGCUGAGGCAUCUGUAAUAUGAAUAUUUAGGAGCUUAGGAAGCAUGUUAAAGCUAUUUUUUAAAAGAGAAAUUAGAUGAGGUUUUUUUUAAUAACUAUCUUUUAUGCAAGCUAAAUAUUUAUUCCCUAAAGUAAAAAUUAACGAUUGUCUAUUCUAAUUUACCUAAAUGAGAAAUAAGGGUAAAAGUCAAGUACUUCGUAGUGCGAGCCUUUCAGUCAAAGAGCAAUAAACUUAAUUCACUUCCCCAAAUCAUUUGUGUCAUUAACAGAGAGGGGACAUUAGAUAUAGAUGACUCUUUUCCCCUCAGUGAGCGUGAGAGGUCCAUUUAUUCACUUGCUCUCUGCCUUGUAGGGAAUAACUAGAGCAAAGUCAAGGCUUGUACAACAUUCCCUUUCCCAAGCUUAAAAAGUCAGUAUAGAAUAUUAAGUGGUUUAUAUUGCACAGAGAAUCUGGGAAUCAGGGGCCUUUCAGUGGAAACACCUCCAACAUUUCUCCUGGGAGUGGAUGAUGUGAGCCUCUCUCUGAUCCUGGUCCUAGGUUUCUAAACAGUUCUAUUCAGAAUGGACAGCAUUCAGAGGUGUAGGUGCAGAGUGCAAUAAGGGUAAGAUUGUGAAUCUAAUUACAGCUCGGCAUUGGAAAGUGAAUGACUGAAGAAUGGUUCAAGUGUUAGACUUAGCAAUUCAAUUACCUUCUCCUACUCCACUGUUAACUAAGACAUUUAAGUUUUGAGGAGCAGAAAGCUGAUGUAUAGCUCCAUUUGCUUUCAUUCUGUAGUCUCAUUUUAGCCUGUGUAUAUCUCUCCAUUGGUCAAAAAAUAUUAUAAUGUUUGUCUGAAUUACUUCUGAUUCUCUAGUGAUAGCUAUUUGUAUGUGUUUUGCAUUUCUUGUUUCCUUUUUGUUCUAAUGUCUACAUAAAAUGUUCCCAAAACUGUUUGCAAUAAUUUGGAUUUCAUGAAAUAAAAAGUAACAUUAGCACAUA